CUCUUCCUGACCCCCAAGCCCGCGGCCGAGGCGAAGGAGGUGGAGGAGACCAUCGAGGGGAUGCUCCUCAGGCUGGAAGAGUUUUGCAGCCUGACUGACAUGAUCAGGAGCGACACGUCACAGAUCCUGGAGGAAAACAUCCCGCUCCUUAAGGCCAAAGUGACGGAAAUGCGCAGCGUCUAUGCCAAAGUGGACCAGCUGGAGGCCUUCGUCAAGAUGGUUGGGCACCACGUCUCCCUCCUGGAGGCCCACGUGCUGCAGGCCGAGCGGGACCACGCACCCUUCUCACAGGCUCUGCGGAGAUGGCUGGGCUCCGCCGGCCUCCCUGCCUUCAGGCCGAAGCCGUCCACGCAGGCGCCCCUGCCGUUCGAGCUGCCCGCGCUGUACCGGACGGAGGACUACUUCCCCGGGGCCGCGGGGGCCGCGCCCAGGACCCCCCGCCGCCGGCGGCGCGUGUGAGCUCCGCAGUCGGGUCGUCGGAAAGUGACCGUGUGCGGGCAGCGGCUCUGGGUUUCUGGACUCUCCUGUGCAUUUGUGUUUUGCGUUUCCUCUCUUGCUUCAUGUGAAACGGCGGGGUUUGGAGAAGCAUCUGGAGCCCACGCGUGCAGCGCGGAGUUGGAGAGUCGGUUCCCACCAGGGUCGGGCCUGCCUGGGGGCCUGGGAUGGGGCGCACGGGUCUCAGCAAGACCGGAGACUCGGCGCACCCUGUCUCUCUGUGCCAGGCUUUGCGUGGGAAUCAUGGGGUGGGGGGCGCUCGUGCACCGGGGUGCACGGCUGCAGAGAUGGGGUCGCUCAUGGACCAGGGUGCACGCUGCAGAGAUGGGGGGCGCUUGUACACCGGGGUGCACGGCUCCAGGUCCAUCUCUGUGGCCGGAUUGGCUGCCAAGCCCCGUGCCCACUGGCCUUUGAAACAUUUCAAUAAAGAUGUCAAGAGCUCAA